AUGGCCUCUCCAAGUCUCCCGACCACCAGAACAGAAGCCCUGUACCAGAAAGAUGGACAUUUGUACACGCACUCCGCGCCCAUAUCGUCUGUGCAGCCACUCUCCUCGUUACCACCAGAGACGCAGGGCUUAUUCAAACCGCCUCCUGAAGGAGACCCGUACAUUCUAACCACGCCGCAAACCAUCUUCCACGCGCAAGGCGGCGGGCAGCCCAGCGACACAGGGACGAUAUCGUCCGGCGAGGCGGUGUUCAACGUGCAUCAAGUGCGGCGCGUGGAGCCUGCGAUUCUGCACAUGGGGACGUUCCACAGCGCCGCGACCUUGUCCACGGAACGCGCAACAGACGAGAAACAGCAAGAGCCCGCGCAGCAACACAUCGACGUCCCGAGACGGGUGCUCCACAGCCGCCUCCACACGGCCGGCCACAUCCUGGGCCUCGCCGCCGCCGCCCUGAAGGAGCAAGGUGUCCUCCCCGCAACCCUCGUCGAUGGGAAAGCCUCGCACUACCCCGGAGCCGCCUUUGUUGAGUUCAGCGGCCUGAUCCCCACCGACGCGAAACCCGCACUGCAGGCCAAAACCGACGAGCUGGUCUCCCUCGACCUGCCCGUGCGGAUCCACUUCUGGGACGAAGCCCGGGCGCGCGCCGAGUGCACGGGGGUGCUGGAGAGCUUCAAGCAAGACGAGGACGGGGUGAGGGUGGUGGAGAUUGGCGACGCUGGGAGCUAUCCGUGCGGGGGGACGCAUGUACGGCGUACGGGGGAGUGCGGGAGGGUGGUGGUGCGAAACAUAAAGAGGCAGAAGGGGGUCACCAAGGUGAGUUACGAGGUGCAGGAUGCGUAG